AUGUAUUCAAAAUUACCACCGGGAUAUAUUACUAAAUCAACUGCAAUUAUCCUAUCAUCUUCUACACUGUUAUAUGGAUUUAUCGAAUACAUCACAGGAAAUGAAGUCUUUCAGCGGAAACAAUUCAUGCCACUACUGAAUUGCAUUCUAAGACCAGAACUGACAGUGCAGCUCAGUAUUUAUUUGGCGAAGUAUCGUCUAUUACCGCUAUUCGGUCACAGUUAUCGAGAGUAUCCGGAACUUAAUUGUAACGUAAUGAAUAUGCACUUCAGGAAUCCGCUUGGAUUGGCUGCUGGCUUUGAUAGGGACGCUGAAGCAAUAAAAGGCUUUCGGAAAAGUGGUUUUGGUUUUAUUGAAGUAGGCACCGUAACACCGUUACCACAAAAAGAUUCUAAUGCUGUAUUUAAAUCUUUAUUCCGAGAUGAAGGAUACGUAAGUCGCGGUAGAUUUAAAAGUGCAGGACUGACUACUGUAUAUAUAUUUGUUAAAAAAGCUUAUGAACGAAAUUCUGAUGUCCCACUUGGUGUGAAUAUUGGCAGAAAUGAAAGUUUUAAUGGGCUUAAAGCGAAUUACAGCCUUGGUGCCUAUUAUUUUGGCCCUUUGAGUAAUUAUUUGGUUGUAAAUUUUGGUGGUCAAUUUGGUUCGGAGGAAAUCAUCGACCUGGAAAUUGCGUUACAAGGCGUUGCUUUUGCCGUAAGCCAAAUGAUACAGGUUAGUGGAUCCUCGCCUAAAAUUCUGAUCAAAAUCCCACCUGAUUUAUCGAUCGCAGAUUUGAAAAAAAUUAUCAAGAUAGCGCUAAACAAACGAUAUAGUAUAGAUGGAAUCAUAAUUUCGCACUCUACCACAAGCCAUCCGAAAAAUCUUCAAACUAUGGUACUGAAAGAUGGUUUUUUGAGUGGAAAGCCACUACGAGAUAUAAGUACAGACUGCAUACGCAAUGUUUACAGUUUAUCACAUGGUAAAAUUCCGAUCAUCGGAUGCGGAGGUAUAUCGUCUGGUGAAGAUGCAUAUGAGAAAAUUCGAGCUGGAGCAAGUCUCCUGCAGCUUUAUUCAUCGCUUCUUCAUCAAGAUAAGAUAUAA